UCUUUACGUUCUUAUCUUUGUCUUCACCAAAAGUAAAAUAAAAAUAAAAAAUAAAACAAAAACUACGACAGGCUUUUGUAGUUUGUUCAUUUCGUCCCAUAAAACUUCGUUUGAGACUCCAUAGUUUGCUUGGGAUGGAGGGGUUUAGUUGUUGUUUUCUCGUAUUCGUUUCUUGAUUCUGCUUUUGACCCUUUUUUAUUUUUAAUCCCAUUCAUUUUUUGAUAACUGUUUUUUUCUUUGAUUUUUUUAAUUAAAAAUUAUAAGAUUUAGGGGUUUCAAACGCCCACAUGCAUGUUCUUUCUUGGGGUUUGUCUGAUCUGGAUUGGAUCACAAGGCUCGGUCCUUUACUUAGUUCCUUUUCGACUUCCGAAUGAGAUGGAAAUCUAGAGAGAGAAACACAGAGAGAUAAAUAUUAUAGAGAGAGAAAGAGAGAGUUUUCUUGGUUUGGUGGGGUUGAGUGCCUGAGUUUGCAAUCUUGGUCUCUCAAGGAAGAAGGAGAAAGAGAAGAAAAGAAAAGAAGAUAGAAAGAAAGAGAGAGAUUACUAGGGAAUUUCUCGAAUUUGGGGUCAAUUCUGAACUGGGUUUUUUUGUUCUACUUCAUGGUGUUAUUGAAUUCCAAAUUGGGUUAUUGAUUCUCUCUCAAAAAACAAAACUGAAAAAAAAAAUAUUGCACAUUGAACUGUGGGUCUGUUUGAAUUCUUAUAUAAUAUAAUAUACUCCUGAGAAUGGCUGGCAUUGACGUUUCAAAGUAUGCUCAUAGCCCUGUUCAUAAGGCCAUAGCCACAAGGGAUUAUGCCACUCUCAGGAGGAUAUUGGCGGGUCUGCCUCGCCUUUGUAACCCAUCUGAGAUUCGCAAUGAAAACAUUUCUUUGGCCGAGGAAGAGAAGGCUGAGACCAUAUCCGCUGCUAUUGAUCGCCGGGAUGUCCCGAAUCGCGACACGCCUCUUCACUUGGCUGUCAAGCUUGGCGACCAUACGGCCACGGAGAUGCUUAUGAUUGCUGGGGCGGACUGGAGCUUGCAGAACGAGAGUGGUUGGAGUGCGCUUCAGGAAGCCAUUUGCAAUAGAGAAGAAGCUAUUGCCAUGAUUAUAGUUAGGCAUUACCAGCCAUUGGCAUGGGCAAAAUGGUGUAGGAGAUUGCCUAGGUUGGUUGGGACAAUGAGAAGGAUGAGGGACUUUUACAUGGAAAUUACAUUUCAUUUUGAGAGUUCUGUGAUUCCUUUCAUUUCUAGGAUUGCCCCUUCGGAUACUUACAAGAUUUGGAAGAGGGGUGCGAAUUUGAGGGCAGAUAUGACUUUGGCGGGUUUUGAUGGGUUUAGAAUUCAGCGUUCGGAUCAGAGUAUUCUUUUCCUUGGUGACGGGUCGGAGGAUGAGAAAUGCCCUCCCGGGUCAUUGUGCAUGAUAUCGCACAAGGAUAAGGAGGUAAUGAAUGCUUUGGAUGGUGCGGGUUCUCCAGCAACCGAAGAAGAGGUUAAGCAAGAAGUGGUUGCAAUGUCCCAGACUAACAUAUUUAGGCCCGGGAUUGAUGUGACUCAGGCGGUUCUCUUGCCUCAGUUGACUUGGAGGCGGCAGGAGAAGACGGAAAUGGUCGGAUCAUGGAAGGCUAAAGUGUAUGAUAUGCAUAAUGUGGUGGUGAGUAUAAAGUCGAGGAGGGUCCCGGGGGCUAUGACAGAUGAUGAGUUCUUUUCAUCUUGCAAUGACAAUGAACCAGAAAGUGAGGAGAUUGAUGAUAUCUUGACCGAGGAUGAGAAGAGACAACUUGAAGCUGCGCUUAAAUUGGAUACGGCAGAUAUGGCUGUAGAGAAUGGUGAUGGAAUUAUUGGGCAUCGACAUAGCUGCUAUGAGCAGAGGGAGAUUCCCAUAGAAGAUGUCAAUGGUUGUAGAAAUGGGGAGACUAAGCAAGAAAAGAAAGGUUGGUUUAGUGGAUGGAGGAAAAAAGAUACUAAGACAGAAGGGCCGAAGAAAAUAGCCCCGCCUAGAAAUUCUCUAUGUGUAGAGGAGAAGGUGAGUGAUCUGCUUGGGGAAUCUCCGAGUAGAAAUCAGAUCAAACCAGGAAGACAUUCUGUGGAGAUUGUGAGGACAGAUGGGCACCGAAGAGGAAGGGAUACUAGAGCUUCUUCUUCUACAAGUUCCGAGAACAGAAAUCGCCACAAGGACGGGGGUCGUGAAAAUGAGUAUAAGAAAGGAUUAAGGCCUGUUCUUUGGCUUUCUCCAAACUUUCCACUGCAGACAGAGGAACUCUUGCCAUUGCUUGAUAUUCUAGCAAACAAGGUCAAGGCGAUCCGUCGUUUGAGGGAACUUCUUACAACAAAACUUCCUAUGGGAACCUUCCCUGUCAAGGUUGCUAUCCCCGUGGUUCCUACUAUCAGAGUAAUCGUGACUUUCACGAAGUUCGAAGAAUUAGCACCGUUGGAUGAAUUCGCAACACCCCCGUCAAGCCCUUCUGCUGCUGGCAGAGAGAGUCCAGCAGUGACGCAGUCGUCUUCUAGUUCGUCAUGGUUUCAGUGGAUAAAAGCCCCUUACCACCGCUCUAGCUCGUUCACCAGUAUUUCUAGCAGUAGGAUAGAAACUAUUCAAGACCCGUUUGCGAUUCCCUCAGAUUACACUUGGAUUACAGCCGAAGCAAAGAAGAAGAAGAUGCAGGAGAAGAACAAGUCAAAGAAAGGGAAAAGUCAAAACCAAUGAGGCCAUGGUUGGAAUUGAGGCCAGACUGUGUAAUAGAUUAGAGGAUUAAAGUUCACUUGAUGAACUUCCUCGGAUACCAAGUAGGAAAUAGUGUUUUAUUAAUUCAUGGAUUGUGAUUACAGUAAGAAGGAAAAAGAAAAAAAAAAGAAACAUGUUUGAGCUAUGCUUCUAUAGAGAAGUAAAUGAUCCUUCUUUUCAAAUUAAAACGUAGUAAAAUCAUUGUGGGGUUGGGAACAUGAAAAAGAAAAAAAGUUUAUAUGAUGAUUCUUGCAACAAAUUAAAAUGCUUUGCUGGAAUGC